GUGCAGUCCCACAAUACCCGGCGGAGGGCGGGUGGGUGGUUAGCGUCUGGUCUGUGCGGAGCUCCGGUCCCCGGCGGACUCAGCUGCCUCUGUCUCUAACGCGAGAGGAAGCGAUGCGGAGGGGUGGAAAAUGGCAGAGCUGCAGAUGUUACUAGAGGAGGAGAUCCCGUCUGGCAAGAGGGCGCUGAUAGAGAGUUACCAGAACCUGACCCGGGUGGCGGACUACUGUGAAAACAACUACAUACAGGCUACAGACAAGAGAAAAGCUCUAGAAGAGACCAAAGCAUAUACAACUCAAUCUCUAGCUAGUGUUGCUUAUCAAAUAAAUGCAUUGGCCAACAAUGUGCUCCAGCUGCUGGAUAUCCAAGCGUCUCAGCUGCGGAGGAUGGAGUCGUCCAUCAAUCACAUCUCACAGACUGUGGAUAUUCAUAAAGAAAAAGUGGCUCGAAGAGAGAUUGGUAUUUUGACAACAAAUAAGAAUACAUCAAGAACUCACAAAAUAAUUGCACCUGCAAAUAUGGAGCGUCCUGUCAGGUAUAUUCGGAAACCUAUCGACUACACAGUUCUGGAUGAUGUGGGCCAUGGAGUUAAGUGGCUAAAAGCCAAGCAUGGAAAUAACCAGCCUGCAAGAACUGGCACAUUAUCGAGAACAAAUCCUCCCACGCAGAAACCACCAAGCCCUCCUGUGUCAGGCCGAGGAACUUUGGGACGGAACACUCCUUACAAAACCCUAGAGCCUGUUAAGCCUCCAACAGUUCCCAAUGACUACAUGACUAGUCCUGCAAGGCUUGGAAGCCAGCAUAGUCCAGGCAGGACGGCCUCUUUAAAUCAGAGACCAAGGACGCACAGUGGAAGUAGUGGAGGAAGUGGAAGCCGAGAGAACAGUGGGAGCAGCAGCAUUGGCAUUCCUAUUGCUGUGCCCACACCUUCACCGCCCACCACGGGCCCAGCAGCCCCUGGCGCCGCUCCUGGUUCCCAGUAUGGCACAAUGACCAGGCAGAUUUCUCGACACAACUCUACCACUUCUUCGACAUCUUCUGGUGGAUAUAGACGAACUCCCUCUGUGACUGCCCAAUUCUCUGCCCAGCCUCAUGUUAAUGGAGGUCCACUUUAUUCUCAAAAUUCAAUUUCUAUUGCCCCUCCUCCCCCCCCCAUGCCUCAGUUGACUCCACAGAUACCUCUCACAGGCUUCGUGGCCAGGGUGCAGGAAAACAUUGCUGACAGCCCAACUCCCCCACCCCCGCCCCCACCAGAUGACAUCCCCAUGUUUGAUGACUCUCCGCCUCCUCCGCCACCUCCUCCUGUGGACUAUGAAGACGAGGAAGCUGCUGUAGUUCAGUAUAGUGACCCUUACGCAGAUGGGGACCCAGCAUGGGCUCCCAAGAACUAUAUUGAGAAAGUUGUUGCAAUAUAUGAUUAUACAAAAGACAAGGAUGAUGAGCUGUCCUUUAAAGAGGGUGCGAUCAUCUAUGUCAUAAAGAAGAAUGACGAUGGCUGGUUUGAAGGAGUUUGCAAUCGAGUGACUGGACUCUUCCCUGGAAACUAUGUAGAAUCAAUCAUGCACUAUACUGAUUAGUUUUUCUUUUGUUUUCUUUUCAUGUAGGUUAUUACUCCGUCAUACUGUGGGACUAUAUGGUUAACAGAAUUAUUUUAAUGUUUAAAAUGUGCCCAUAUUUUCAGGACAUGUUUUAUUGGUAUAUUUGGAUGUCUACCUGUAAGCAUAAAUUUUGGAGGCAGUUCAAACAUUGCUGAACUGCCUAUAAUUGAUUAUGCAUAUGUACUCACACCUUGCUAAGUUUAUGACCAGCCUAAAAAUUCUGGGGAUGCGGGUUAUUAUGUUAAACCAACCAUGGUUCAGAAUGCACCAUUACAUGUUUCAGUGCAGCAUGGUCACUAACAUUGUGUCAGACUAAUAGGAAAAAAACCAGAACACUUCAAUGCUGGUGCUGGUCAUACUUUUGGUUUCAAUUCUCAUUUUUAAACAAAUACUGUGUUUAAAGCAUGCAUAAAUUUUUAUGUACUGAAAUAUACUUAACAAUUCAAGAUGCUUCCAAUUUGUGUAACAAUUAUCUGGAGUACUCAUACUUGAGUCUCUAAGUUCUCCAUGUGAAAUGAAAGACUAUCUGUAAUGUUGUAAUUUGUAUCUAAGUUUUUUAAUGAGUGAAAUUUGCAUUAUAAAUUUUUCCAUUCAUAAAUACAUAAGUGACCCAAA